AUGAGCAGCACAAAUACUCCAUUUAAAGCCAUUAUAGUAGGUGGAGGGCCUGUCGGCCUUGCAGCCGCGCAUUCCCUCCACCUGGCCGGUAUCGACUUUCUCAUUCUGGAGCGCCGGCCCGCCAUCAUCGAAGACAAAGGGGCAAGCCUUAUCGUCCACCCUCAUACCUUGCGAGUCUUCGAUCAGUUUGGUAUCUUAGAUGACGUGCUCCCGCAUGGCACGGAAUUGAACCAUCAUCUGUCCUUCACUGCCGACGGACACGUCUUCGCCGAGAGCAAUCGGUACAACCUUGUCCGUGAAAAUCACGGCCACGGCCCCGUCGCCUUCCACCGCGCCGAGCUGAUCAAAACCAUGUACAACGGCCUCCCAGAUCAAGCCAAGCAAAAGAUCCUCACAAACAAAAGUCUAGCCGACAUCACAACAACUUCAGACUCUGUCACCGCCACCUGUGCUGACGGAAGCACCUACCAUGGCUCCAUACUUAUUGGUGCGGACGGUGUCAACAGCAAAUCCCGGCACCUCAUUCGCUCCCUUGCGCUACAAGAAGACCCCACGCGCUCCUGGGACGCCGAGAACCCCUACACGGCCACAUACCAACUGUUGUUCGGGUCCUUCCCGUCCCCUGCGCCAGCUGAGGCAGGGCAGGGGUACGAUAUCCAGUCGAAGAAUAAGGCGAUAAUGUAUUUCAAUGGUCCGGAGCGCGGUUGGUUCUUCCUGUACAAGCGACUGCCCGCGCCGAUGAGUUCGCGGACCAUCUAUACACAGCAGGACGUGGAGGAUGUAGCGAGCGAGUUUGCAGAGUUUCCACUCACGCGGACGGUGAAAGUUAAGGAUGUGUGGCCGCGGAUGCUGGGUGCUGGACUAACGAAUCUGGAUGAAGGGAUCGUGAAACACUGGAGUUUCAGACGAGUUGUGCUGGUUGGUGACGCGUGUCACAAGAUGACGACACAUCUGGGACUGGGGUUUAAUAAUGGUAUCCAAGAUGUGGUUGUGCUGUCAAAUCGUCUGCGAAAGGUUGUGAGGGCAGCGGCGGCGUCUGGCAGUGGAGGUCCCAGUGCACAGGAGCUCAAGGGCCUCUUUGAGGAAUACCAGAAUAUGCGUAUGAGCUCUGUGUGCUCGCUUGAAGGGGAUGUGGUGAAGUCUGGACUGGAAACAAGGAUGCACGCAUGGCACAAUGUUUGGUAUUAUCUGCUGUCUCGGUGGCUGAGUGUAUUGAAGGUACUGGAGGCUUUAUUCAUAACGUAUGUGAUGGCGCCGGAGUUUCGCAAAGCGCAGGUGCUGGAUUAUGUGCCCAGAGAGGAGCGGAUGAAAGGGAAGAUUAGUUGGAUUUAUCCUAUGAAGUCUACUGCGGCAAAGGAGGAUUACUAG